CGGCUCCUGCCGGCACCGGACGGGGAGGGGGCGGUGGGGCCGCCAUAAAGCGGCGGGGCGGCGGGCAGCGCCCCAAGGCCUCGCUAUGCCGCGGCUCCUCCUCCCCCUCCUGCUGCUUCUGCUUCUCCUUGGCGAGCUCGGUGCCUUACUGGCGCCCCGCCGCCGCCGUGGUGCCCCGCCGCCGCCUCCCGCCCCUUACCUGACGCGUUACUUCUCGCAGCAGAUUGAUCACUUUGGCUUUGAUGAAAACCUUACGUUCCAGCAGCGGUAUCUGAUAGCAGAUCAGCACUGGAAGAAAGACAAUGGACCGAUACUGUUCUAUACAGGCAAUGAAGGAGACAUCACGUGGUUCUGCAACAACACAGGUUUUAUGUGGGAUGUGGCUGAAGAACUUAAUGCCAUGUUAGUAUUUGCUGAACAUAGAUAUUAUGGAGAAUCAUUGCCAUUUGGAAAUGAAUCUUUCAGUGAUUCCAAGCAUCUGAACUACCUGACAUCUGAACAAGCUCUGGCAGACUUUGCAGUACUAAUUGAAUACUUAAAGGAGACCAUUGCAGGAGCCCGUUACAGUCCUGUCAUAGCUAUUGGAGGAUCUUAUGGAGGGAUGCUCGCAGCCUGGUUUCGGAUGAAAUACCCCCAUGUGGUGGUUGGAGCUCUGGCAGCCUCUGCCCCAAUCUGGCAGUUUGGUGAUUUGGUUCCCUGUGGUGCUUACUUCACUGUAGUAACUAAUGAUUUCAAAAAGAGUGGGACUGGCUGCUCAGAAAGUAUCCGGAAUUCCUGGAGUGCCAUUAACCACCUUUCCUCAACAGAUGCAGGUUUACAAUGGCUUUCCAGCACAUUUCAUUUGUGCAGCCCAUUAAAAAAUCUUCAGGAUGCUGCUAUGUUGAAAAGUUGGCUGAGUGAAACGUGGGUAGACUUGGCUAUGGUGGACUAUCCCUAUAAAGCUGACUUCUUACAGCCUCUGCCAGCUUGGCCUGUACAGGAAGUUUGCAAGUUCUUGAAGGAUCCCAGUCUCUCUGACAAACUGUUGCUGCAGAAUGUUUACCAGGCAGUGAACGUCUACUACAAUUAUUCAGGAGAAGCCUCAUGCUUUGACAUGUCUGAGACGGCAACAAAGAAUCUUGGUCAGUUGGGUUGGUACUAUCAGGUUUGCACUGAGAUGGUGAUGCCCAUGUGCACAGAUGGUGUCAAUGACAUGUUUGAACCUCAGAAAUGGGACUUUGAUGCACUUUCAGAAGAAUGCUUCAGGUUAUGGGGAGUGAGACCUCGCCCCUCUUGGGUUCUUUCUAUGUACGGAGGGAAGAACAUCAGCUCACACAGCAACAUCAUUUUCAGCAAUGGUGGCCUGGAUCCGUGGUCUGCAGGUGGGGUGACCCAGAACAUCAGCGAUUCCCUCGUGGCCAUCAUGAUCCCAGAUGGAGCUCAUCACCUGGACCUGCGCAGCCACAACCCUCGUGACCCCAAAUCUGUGCAGCAAGCUCGGGUCUUGGAAGUCCACUACAUGAAGCAGUGGAUUGAAAAGGCCAGGCACAAGCACUGAAGUGAUACUGUGAUAACUGUGGCCUUUAUACCUCUGCUGGCUUUGCUGGGAGCAGGGCCAGGCCUUAACACAGACGCUCUGAACAUUUCACUCCUGCUUCUUCAUCUGUGCUGCAGCGCUGGCCAUUGCUUGUGCCCAUGGGAGAAGCAGGUGGUAGACAGAUGGGAGGGUGUUAUCAGAGAACAAACUUUAGAGAAUAAAGUGCAUGGACUGAGCUGCUUGCUGUGCCUUGCUUUCCUCUUCUGCUCUUCCCAAAUGCUGUACCUUAGGGUAGAGUGCCUCUUCUAGGCUUGAUGCCUUCCUUGCUUGCUAGGUUACUGUCCUGACUGCUGGUAUAUACAAUGGAUUAAAUGGCAGUGCUGUUUACAUUGAUGAUCAAAAUCCUGUUGCAUUCAGUGGUAUUGAAUUUUGGACAUCCUCUGCUGGUGUAAAUUAUCAUGGCAGGGGCACAGGGAGAACGAGGGAACAGAAGUCACAUCUUCCUGAGAUGUGUGCUGGAGAGGUAGGGAAGGCAUGG